AGACACGUGCGCGGAAGCAGCCAGCGGUAGCGGGCGGCAGAGCUGGCGUAAAGGGGACUGGGGGUAAAGAGAUCCGAUGGAGGGGUGGCGAAAGGGGGAGAGGGCCGGGCACGGCCCCUAGACGAAGGGCGGCGCGGAGGUCCGGGCUGGCUCUCCGCACGGCGGAUGCAGUCCUGGUCCCACAAGCCCUGGAUAUGCGAGGUUGCAAUUGCCGUCAUGCUUAAAGCUGUGAUCCUGAUUGGAGGCCCUCAAAAGGGGACUCGCUUCAGGCCUUUGUCUUUUGAGGUGCCCAAACCCCUGUUUCCAGUGGCAGGGGUCCCUAUGAUCCAGCACCACAUUGAGGCCUGUGCCCAGGUUCCUGGGAUGCAGGAGAUUCUGCUCAUUGGCUUCUACCAACCUGACGAGCCACUUACCCGGUUCCUAGAAGCUGCACAACAAGAGUUUAACCUUCCAGUCAGGUACCUGCAGGAAUUUGCGCCUCUGGGCACAGGAGGUGGUCUCUACCACUUCCGGGAUCAGAUCCUGGCUGGGGGCCCUGAGGCCUUCUUCGUGCUCAACGCUGAUGUUUGCUCCGACUUCCCCUUGAGCGCUAUGUUGGCUGCCCACAGACACCAGCCUCACCCUUUCUUGCUCCUGGGCACCACGGCUAACAGGACACAGUCCCUCAACUAUGGCUGCAUCGUAGAGAAUCCACAGACGCAUGAGGUUCUGCACUAUGUGGAGAAACCCAGCACGUUUGUUAGUGACAUCAUCAACUGCGGCAUCUACCUCUUUUCCCCGGAAGCCCUGAAGCCCCUUCGGGAUGUCUUCCAGCGUAAUCAGCAGAAUGGGCGACUGGAGGACUCCUCAGGCCUGUGGCGGGGGGCAGGCACCAUCCGCCUGGAGCAGGACGUGUUCUCAGCCCUGGCUGGGCAGGGCCAGAUCUACGUGCACCUUAAUGACGGUAUCUGGAGCCAGAUCAAGUCUGCAGGCUCGGCCCUCUCUGCCUCCCCUUUGACUCUGGACCUCAGACCCAGAGGUGAAUCUGAAUCCCUGCCCUCCCUGAACCAGAUAUGGUUUGGGGCAUUUGCCUCCAGGUCCUCUCUUCUGCUUCUAGGAAAUGUUUAUAUCCACCCAACGGCUAAGGUGGCCCCAUCAGCUGUGCUGGGCCCCAACGUCUCCAUUGGGGAGGGGGUGACCGUGGGCGAGGGCGUGCGGCUCCGAGAGAGCAUUGUCCUCCAUGGAGCCACGUUGCAGGAGCACACGUGUGUGCUGCACAGCAUUGUGGGCUGGGGGAGCACUGUGGGGCGCUGGGCCCGCGUGGAGGGUACCCCCAAUGACCCCAAUCCCAACGACCCCCGGGCCCACAUGGACAGUGAGAGCCUCUUCAAGGAUGGGAAGCUGCUGCCUGCCAUCACCAUCCUGGGCUGCCGCGUCCGGAUCCCUGCUGAGGUGCUCAUCCUGAACUCGAUUGUUCUGCCACACAAGGAGCUGAGCCGAAGCUUUACCAACCAGAUCAUCCUCUGAAGGGGGCCGCCAGAAGGCCCCCCAACUCCUACCCCUCCAGCCUCUGUCCAGAAUGGACCUGGGGAAGCCAGGCAGAAUCUUCACACACUGGGAACAGCGUGGGUGGGUGGGUGGAGGACUCGGCCUCCCUCUCUGUUGCUCCCUAAUAAACCCCAUGAACCUUGGA